GGGCGGCCGGCCAGGAGCGCGGCGUCGGGCCGUGUGGGCGCCUCCCGGUCAGAAGCCACAAUAGCAGCUCGUUAACGAGGCAGAUUAAGGACUUUGUCAAUUACCUCCGAAGGCUGCUCCGGGAGGAUCCAGGGAUUUUUAAAGUGCUGCUGGUGGGAGGGGGCGACUAAGAAGCCCCCUCCCGGCGCAAAUCCCUCCUCUGCGGGGCGGUGGAGAGGCGGGGGCUGCGACGGCGCGGGGCGCGCCUGAGGAACGCGGGCGAUCGGCCGGGAGCGCGGGCAGAGCGCUGAGCGGCUCGUACUCGUGACUGCGCGGGCGGCUGUCGCGGCGACAGGGACCCCCCCCCAUUCAGUCGGGGGGCCGCCCGGGCAAGGGAGGCGUCGGGCCGUUUCUCUGGCCGAGGCGCCCACAGGGACGACCUCGCGGGGCGGGGACCGGAGGGGGGGGGUCCCCGGUGGCAGGAGACUCGGGACCCAGCGCACGUGCCCCAGGGCCCGGACCUCGGAGACCCGCAGGGGGCGCACGCCGGCGGACCGACACCCCACUUCCGCCUGCCCAGCGGGGUCUCGUCCUGCACCCUUGAGGAACCGGGAGGAGAGCGGCUCCGCUCCCGGGAGACGCCCGACGGCCCGGCGGGGGCGCCCACGAGGCCCGCCCGGCGCCGCGCACCCGCGCACGCGGCGCGCCUCGCCUGGCGCCUCCGCCGGUGCUGCCGGAAGAUGGUCAACGACCGGUGGAAGACCAUGGGCGGCGCUGCCCAACUUGAGGACCGGCCGCGCGACAAGCCGCAGCUCCUCCCUGAGUCAGCACACCAAGCGCCCAUGUGUGCAGUGGGGCAUGUCAUUGUUGCCCCCGUUUUACAGCGGCCAAGCUGUGGCUACGUGCUGUGCACAGUGCUGCUGUCCCUGGCCGUGCUGCUGGCUGUGGCUGUCACCGGCGCGGUGCUCUUCCUGAACCAUGCCCACGCGCCAGGCACAGCCCCCCCGCCCGUGGUCAGCACUGGGCCAGCUGGUGCCAACAGCGCCCUGGUCACCGUGGAGAGGGCAGACAGCUCGCAUCUCAGCAUCGUCAUUGACCCGCGCUGCCCCGACCUGGCCGAUGGCUUCGCCCGCCUGGAGGGUGCCCAGGCCUCCGUGCUGCAGGCGCUGACCGAGCACCAGGCCGAGCCGCGGUUGGUGGGUGAACAGGAGCAGGAGCUGCUGGACACGUUGGCUGACCAGCUGCCCCGGCUGCUGGCUCGGGCCUCCGAGCUGCAGGCAGAGUGCACGGGUCUGCGGAAGGGGCACGGCACGCUGGGCCAGGGACUUAGUGCCCUGCAGAGCGAGCAGGCCCGCCUCAUCCAGCUUCUCUCCGAGAGCCAAGGCCACAUGGCUCACCUGCUGAACUCGGUCAGUGACAUCCUGGACGCCCUGCACAGGGACCGGGGACUGGGCCGGCCCCGAGUCAAGGCCGACCUUCAGAGGGCUCCUGCCAGGGGGUCGAGGCCCCGGAGCUGCGCCAACGGCUCUCGGCCACGGGACUGUCUGGACGUCCUCCUGAGCGGACAGCAGGAGGACGGCGUUUACUCCGUCUUCCCCACACAUGACCCCACCGGCUUCCAGGUCUACUGUGACAUGCGCACAGACGGCGGCGGCUGGACGGUGUUUCAGCGCAGGGAGGACGGCUCCGUGAACUUCUUCCGCGGCUGGGAGGCCUACCGGGAUGGCUUCGGCAAGCUCACAGGGGAGCACUGGUUAGGGCUCAAAAGGCUCCAUGCGCUGACCACACAGACAGCCUACGAGCUGCAUGUGGACCUGGAGGACUUUGAAAAUGGCACAGCCUAUGCUCGCUACGGGAACUUCGGCGUGGGCUUGUUCUCUGUGGACCCCGAAGAGGACGGGUACCCGCUCACUGUGGCCGACUACUCGGGCACUGCAGGGGACUCCCUCCUGAAGCACAGCGGCAUGAGGUUCACCACCAAGGACCGCGACAGCGACCACUCGGAGAACAACUGCGCCGCCUUCUACCGCGGCGCCUGGUGGUACCGCAACUGCCACACGUCCAACCUCAACGGGCAGUACCUGCGCGGCGCGCACGCCUCCUACGCCGACGGCGUCGAGUGGUCCUCCUGGACCGGCUGGCAGUACUCGCUCAAGUUCUCCGAGAUGAAGAUCCGGCCGGUUCGCGAGGACCGCUAGGCCGGCCCCGCCCGCCGC